UCUACUAUAAAACCGGACCGGGGUGAUGCAAUGCACCGGCUACAGCUGUAACUUCCCUGAGAGAGAGAGAAAGAAACAGAGAACAAAAAAAGAACUAGCUUGGAUAGAGUUUAACAAUAUAAACAAGGGUUCAGAAUGAUGCUUCAGCACCCUGGUCUGGGUCCUUCAGAGAUCAGUGCGUCGGCUCUAGUGCCGUGUCUGUCCCCACCCGGUUCGCUCACUCUUGACGACUUCACUCAUUUCAGCCCGCUGGUGAAGGAGGAGUUGCGGUUCGCCAUCCAGAGCAAACGCCUGUCCGGUGGGAUGAGUACGGCCGGUACGACCUACUCUGGCUACAGUUCCGAGAAACCCGCUGAAUUGCUGGGAAUGAAAAGAGAGCUUACUGUCGAGGAGAUGGAUCGUAGGAAAAGACGACGGGAAAGGAACAAGAUAGCUGCUGCAAAGUGCCGGAACAAGAAGAAGGAGAAGACGGACUGUUUACAAAAGGAGUCAGAGAAGCUGGAGUCCUUAAAUGCUGAGCUGAAGGCGCAGAUCGAGGAGCUGAAGAACCAGAAACAGCAGCUGGUCUACAUGCUCAACCUGCACCGGCCAACGUGCAUCGUCCGAGCGCAUAAUGGUCAAACUCCAGAAGAUGAAAGAAACCUCUUCAUCCAACAGAUCAAAGAGACCACUCUGCAGUGCAUGAACAUCGCCGCCGCCGGAUCUGCUGACCCUGCCGUACUAGGCACGUGCGAUCAUCUUUAAAGCACAAGACUUUUUAAGAAAGCUACAGAAAAGAUUUAGCCAAGGAACAUUGAAGGACCCACUCAGAAAGUAGUACACUGUAAGAGAGGACAUGAGUAAGCAAUAUGUAUAAGCACUAACGUCAAAAGUGAUUUGAUGUCUUUGUCGUAUUAUUCGUUAACGUUAUUUAAAAUGACAUCACUGCUGAAUGACGUGGUCAUGUUUCGGAUGUGCACCACAGCAGGAUCUGGUUGACCAGUAUCGUCAACGUGAGACCUUGUAUUAACUUAAGUCACUAAUUUCUGCUCAAUGUAUGGCUGAGACAAAGACAGGCUUACCAAUUUGUAAUGAAUGAAGUGUCAAAUAUGAUGUAUUUCCAUAGUUACAUUGUAUGUUGCUUCUGCGUUGUUUAGUGUCUCCGUAAUCUGAACAAAACGAAACAGAAAAACCUUAAAGCUGCUACGCUACUAUCUCAGGUCAUGGAGGAUGGACUGCAGAAAUACAGACAAAAGGAACAAGGAAAUAGAAUCAAUAAAGUGGACUUUAUUUUAUGUUAUCACUCAGAUUGAUAGCUUGCUGCUUGAAGAUUAGAAGAAAAUGGCAAGUUAUGUAGAAGUACAAGUGUGGAUUUGUUCUUGUUUCAUCUCCGAGCUCUGUGUGUGUGUGUGUGUGUGUGUGUGUGUGUUGGUUUUAUAUAUUAUAUAUGAUAUACAAUGCUGCAAGUUGGAAGGCCUGUUUGGGUCUAAUGACUGUGUUGAGGUUUUGUAUUGUUAGUCAUGUCUGUGUUUUGAAAUGAAAUGUUAUACUGUAUUUUUAUAUAACGUAAAUGUGCGGUUGAAUCUCCGUAGAUGCACAGGAUGAUCUUGUCACUUUAAAGGGUAUAAAAGUAUUGUGCUUGUGGUCUUCAGCACUCCUGUCAUGUUUCAGUGUGUGGUACAGAAAUCACAGUAUGACACUUCAUUCUUGUAGUUUAGUGCUUUACCACCUUUGUCCUUCAUUUAACCUAUAAUUGUAGUCUUUCUUUGCCCCUCCACUUGUUUCGGAGUAAUUAGUUUUUCUCAUUUAAGUUGGAACAGAGACGCAGGCGUCACCAGCUUUUCAUAUUUGUGUUCAUAAAAUGUGUUCCCUGAUUUUCCAUUACAGUAUCAUUUUCCGUUUCUAUUGAAUUAAGCUAUUCGUGUUUGAACACUGAUACUGUUUUGACUUGUCAGCCAUAUUCGAUCCCUUCAAGCUGUUUACGUGCACUUAUGAGUUGACUCAUAUUCUUUAUAUAAAGCUUGACUGUUCAAUUAAAAUACCACUGCACUCAAAUGUCUAGUUUUUCCUGCAUUGUAUGGAUUUGUUACCUCGUGACAAGUUUCACGUUUUUUUUCCUCCAUAAUUGCAAAUAAAACUGAGUCACGGA